GAGCGUAACGGUUCAUUGCGGCGGUGAAAUGUCCACGAUGAGCCCGUCACGCAAGGAUUUGAGCAGAGAUUGCCACAUGGCUAUGGAGCGAUCGACGCCACUGGACGUUAUCGACAUGAAUGUUCCCUCAUCAUCCGUCACCCCAGCAGAUGAAGUCGGUGAAGCGCACAUUCUUACUGCACGGCGCAAGGAUUCCGUUAGAUCGAAGAACCGGAGUAAGGGUAAAGAGGGAAGGGAGGGAGGUAGUACGAAAUCAGUGGAAUCUACUGAUAGUAAAUCAUUGCGUUCGUUCGGGCCGGAGCAUGGGAGGGUAGCUGGCGGUAGCGGGUUCGGGACGGUGGCAGGAGCAGCAAUUAGGGUGUCCACGAAUGGGAUCUCGACGGCGGGGAAGAGCGGGAGAUGUAAAGGGACAAGAAUUGUUCCACCUGGACCCGGCACUCGAAGUACAGGGCCAGCGGUACCUGGUACUACGCAGGCCCUUCAUGAGGUCUCUAUUCUCCCCGGGCUCCCAAGCUUUGAGAAGGAGGGGCGUCGGAGCUUGAACUCUGAUAGUAGUGCCACCGAAGAGCGAGGAGGAGGAGGUGGUAGUGCCAACGAAGAGCGAGGAGGUGGCGUUGAGCACAGUGAGAAGAGGCAAGAAAGCUCAUCAGGGAGGGAUGCGAAGCAGUUGCAGGAAGAGGUUCGACAGCUUCAUAGCUUGACAAACCUUUUGGAAUGUAUGCGAGAAGAGGCGGUGACGGCGCUGAACAAGGAGAGAGAGCGGCUACGAUGUGCAAGGCAAGAGAUUGAUCAGUUGAAAGCUGAACUCGAAGAUGCAAAGAAAGAAAUUGGAAUGCUUCGAGAGCGAAACUACUGUGCGGUGGAAACUGGUAGGAGUCGUACAGAGUUUGACGUUUCGCAUCCGUCGUGGAUAUCUGUGAUUGAAUACGAGAGAUCCGAAGCGGAGAGAAUGGCAGAGCAAGUCAAAAUUUGGAAGGCCUUGGAGAGCUUCAAUGAGCACAUUGACAAGGACCAGCGAGUGCUUGUAGAGCGCAUGAAGACUGCUAUUGCCAACGCCGAAGCGCUCGGGAUUGCCGUCUCGGAGGAUGCGCGUGCCGAUUUGGCCUCACUGGAGCGAGAUGUGGAACUCCAGGGAAUGCUGCUGAGAAGUGAUGACGAUGCUGCGCGUGAGUCAUCAUGCUUUGCGAAUUUGUGUUCGGAAGAAGAAUGUGACCUGUUGUUGUUGCAAGACUGUGGGCCUCUCUCCACUACUCAGCAAAUGCAGAAAAGACAAAAGUAACGGCGGUGCAUCUGUCCAGGUACUAGAGAAAGUGGAGUUCGACCUCACGUCUGUAUUUCAACAGGUCAGCGAUCUACCAACUGAGCUACCGGCCAGUUGGUGCUGGGUAUGUUUGCUAUGUAUUUCGUGUAUUUUCCAACGUGGUCACACUACUAGUAGGGCCGUGAGAUUUUCAGAUCGGAUGGCAAGGAGCCAUGUACACUCGAAACCGGAACAAAACCUCGAGAAGCCG